CAGUGGCAUGAAUAACAUCCCCAGAGCUGGAGAGAGAGCAUAUCAGGAGGCAAACGGCGAGGGGAGAGAGAUAGCAGGCGGCGUGACAGAUAAGAGUGUGGCAGAACUUGCCUUCCUGACUGCACUGUGGGCCGGGGAAAGAGAGAACAAGUGGACCCGAGUGUCAGACUGCAGCCUGCACCACAAUCACUCACUCACAGUCACAGAAGCAGUCAUCCCCCAGAACCCGGCUGCACCAGAACUUCAGAGAGACGACUGACCUCAAAAAGGGAUGAUGGGAGAGCUGUCAGUGAAAGACAAGGAGCUGAUACGAGGCAGCUGGGAGAGCCUGGGCAAGAACAAAGUUCCUCAUGGUGUCAUCAUGUUCUCAAGAUUGUUUGAGCUGGACCCUGCGCUGCUCAGCCUUUUCCACUACAGCACAAAAUGUGAUUCCAAACAAGACUGUCUCUCCAGCCCCGAGUUCCUGGACCAUGUCACCAAGGUGAUGCUUGUGAUUGAUGCAGCGGUGAGCCACCUGGAUGAUCUCCACUCCCUGGAGGAGUUUCUGCUUAAUCUUGGGAGGAAGCAUCAGGCGGUGGGAGUCAGCACGCAGUCGUUUACCGAGGUAGGAGAGUCUCUUCUCUACAUGCUGCAGUGCAGUCUGGGCCAGGCGUACACCGCGCCGCUGCGCCAAGCCUGGCUCAACAUGUACAGCAUCGUGGUAGCGGUAAUGAGCCGAGGGUGGGCCAAGAACGGCGAGGACAAGGCCGACUGAGGCGCACAGCGGGAGCUGCUGAGCAGUUGCUGUCAAAUCAUCAACAUGGUUGCCAUGGAACAGAGUUGUGUAACUGUACAGCAUUUUGUCCUUGGCUGCUGUACAUGUGCUCUGUGAGCUGGUUUGUAUAACACGGCGAAUGUAUGGUGUAGUUACACUGUAAAAUUAGACCGAGCGAUCGCAGAGUUUAUUUUCUUUGCUGUGGAUGUUUAGCUUCCAGUCGACGCUGCUGUACAGCUGUGAGAGUCUGAGUCAGACGGCGUGGGUCCUCUAAGUCUGGACCUGUAAGCAUUGAAGAUCACUGUUAAGUCUUUAUGUACAUAAUGGCUUUCAUAUAUUUACUAAAUAACAGUGACUAUAGUGUUCUAUAUGUUGUAUCUAAAAGAGUUGCACACUCGUGAAAUUAUAUAUAUAUAUAUAUAUAUAUAUAUAUAUAUAUAUAUAAAAUUAUAUAUAAUUAUAUCUAGACAUCACUCACUACUCAAACUGUGACUGUUACUGUGGCCAGCAAAGGCAGCUCUGUAUCCCUCUGGAACACAGUGAUACUUUAAAAAGCGAUUUUACAGCAGAAAAUCUGACCACUUUACUCACAGCUCUGUUGCUGUGUCUGUCUGCGGCUUUAAAAAAAAAAAAAAAAAAAA